AUGGCGACGACUGCGCCGUCUGGUGCCGCAUCCGCAGGCGGAGACGGCGCGUCUCUGCAGCUUAUGCAGCAACUCCUUCUCUCCACGCUUGAUCCGCGUCAGCAGAUCCGCGAGCAGGCCGAGCAGCAGCUCGUCGGCGCCCGCGAUGCGGACUUCAGCCUCUUUCUCGUGUCUCUCGCGCGCGUCAUCGACGAGGCCGUAGGCGCCGCCGGGACGCCUCAGGCUCAGGAGCAGCUUCUCGCCAAACAAAUCGCCGCCGUCACCUUCAAAAACUGCAUCAGUGCCAAGGACCUCGUCCUCGACAGCGCAGCGGCGGAGAAAUGGCGGGCGGUCGCGGAGGACGCGAAACAAGCCAUGCGGCUGCAGCUGCUCGCCGCAAUCAAGACGGAGCACACACAGGUGGCAAAUGCAGUCUGCCAAGUGCUGUCAAAGAUUGGCCGCAUCGAGCUGCCCUCUGACGGCUUUCCGGAGCUCCUGCCCUUCCUGUUGACGCUUGUGACCGAGGCCACGAUCGCGCCGGAAGCCAGCGCGGCGACAGACGCGUCUGCACACCGCAAGGUGUUUGGUCGGAAUGCACUCACCUGCCUGGCGUACCUCUGUGAGGAGCAUGCAGACAUCGUCGAGGAGACCGGCGAAGAGCCCGCCGACGUCUUGAGCGAGGCACACUGCAACAACAUCCUCACGGCUGUGGUUCAGGGUAUGAAGGACGAAGACAUUCAACUCAAGGUCGCAGCUUUGAAGGCGCUCUACCACGCGCUCAUCUUUUCGAAGAAGAAUUUUGAUAAUCAGACUGAACGCGAAUACAUCAUUCAGGUCGUGCUGGAGAACACCAAGGUGCCGCACCAGGCCGUUCAGGUCUCUGCUUUCGAGUGUCUGGUGAAGACUGCGGAGGAGUACUACGCACUGCUGGAGCCAUACAUGAGCGGCAUCGGCCCGAUCUCUUGGGAGGCGCUCAAGAGCGGCGACGACAGCGUCUGCAUCGCGGCGAUGGAGCUCUGGAACACUAUCGCCGACGUGGAGAUCGACCUCCAGCAGCACGAGGCGGAGGCGGAGAACGCCGAAGACGCCGCGGGAUUCCCGAGGAACUGCCACAUCAUCAAACAGGCCCUGCCCUUCCUUCUACCCAUCCUCCUCAACACGCUGACCAAACAGGAGAGCGAGGAAGCCGAUGCGGCUGACUCGUGGACUUCCGCCAUGGCGGCCGGCACCUGCCUUGGGCUCUGCGCACAGGUGGUUCAGAACGCGAUUCUUCCGCCAGUGAUUCAGUUUGUUUCUGAGAAUUUUUCGAGCCCAGACUGGACGCGGCGCGAGGCGGCGGUGUUGGCUUUCGGCAGCAUCAUGGAGGGUCCGGACACGGAGGCGCUGAAGCCGCUGGUGGAGGAGUCGUUCACGUCGCUAGUGAACGUGCUGCAGGACUCGUCGGUGGCCGUUCGCGACACAGCGGCCUGGACGCUGGGGCGGAUUGCGCAGUUCCACACGCCGGUGGUGCUGCAGAAGCUCGUCAAUGCGGACGGGACAGUCGUCGCGGAGAACAACUCGCUCCUAGCGGCGAUCGUGAACCGCCUGCUCGAUCAGCCGCGCGUCGCCGUCAACGUCUGCUGGCUGCUCCACGAACUCGCUGAUCACAUGGUCGCGGAGUCCGCCGACAAACCCGCAGCCACGCCUCUCGACCCCCUCUUCCAGAGACUCUGCGACGCCCUCAUCCAGGUCUCCGAGCGAGCCGACGCCGACGAGAGGAGCCUGAGGGAUGCUGCCUUCAACUGCCUUGGAGCACUCAUCAACAACGCAGGCGAGAGCUGCAAGUCGUCCAUGUUGAAGCUCCUCGACCACUUUGUCUGCCAGCUGUCGCAGUCUUUCGCGUUUGAAGCCAACGAAGCGACGCGUCAGCGCCAGGGUCUGCUCUGCGGCGUUAUCCAGAUCCUCUGUCUGCGCCUCGGGUCCCAGGUUCAGCCUGUCGCCCCGCAGAUCUGGGCGUGCUUGGAGCGAAUUUUCCGAGGCUCUCCGCCAGCGAACGCGGCCGCGGGCACGCUGCCGCCGCUGAGCUGCUCGGCGAGCGAAACCAUCACGAACGACGCGCUGCUGGCGACCUCCGCGCUGGUAAACGCCGCCGGUCCCUCGGCGGCGGCGUUCGCGGAGGACGUCGUCUGCAUCGUCGCCUCGGGUCUGGAGAACUCGACGGGCUCCGCGGCCGGGAGCUCCGGCGGAGGCGCGGGGGCCGCCGGCGCAACUUCCGGAAGCAGCACCACGGACGAGCUGCAGACUGUGCGCAUCUGCGUCGAACUCGUCGGCGACGUCAGCCGCGCGCUCGGCCCCGCCUUCGCGCCCUUCAGCGGACCCCUGCUCGCCAGAAUGUACCAAAUGCUCCAGGACCCGAACGUGGAGCGCGCGCUGAAGCCGUGCGUGAUGGUCGCCGUGGGCGACGCGGCGAUGACGAUGGGCGGCGAGGCCUUCGCGCCCUACCUCGACUCGUUCAUGGCCAUUCUUCACCAGGCGGGCAACACGUCCUACGAAGUGGGGCCGAGUAACUGGCAGAUGAACGAAGAGUGGCUGUGGUACAUCCACGAUCUCCGCGAAGGCGUGCUGCAGGCCUACAUGUCGAUCGUCUACAGCUUCAAGGAGAAGGGCAUGCAGGAGCAGCUCAAGCUCUACGUGAACGCGAUGCUGGAUGUCGUCAAGGCCGUCGCCGCCACCAGUCCUAGAAUGCGCGGCGUCGAGGAGAACGCCAAGCAGGCCAUUGAGCUCGUCGGGGAUCUGGUCAGCACCUACGGAGGAGACUUGACGCUUCACCUGCAGCGCGCGCCGUUCAUGGAGCAGCUGCUGCGUCUCGCUGACGCCCUCGGCGCAAGCAAAGACGCCGGAGGUGAAGCCUGUCUCCAGAAAGCGCAGUGGCUCCGCCAGGUACGCUGGACUCGCUGA